AUGUUCCCAGCGGUGCAGGUUUUGGUACUAAUUUCAUCCUUUCUGUUAGUCUACUUCUUGGUUUCCUGGUGGACUUAUUUUGAUCUCCAGUACGACGACCCCACCGGUUGUUAUACUGUUACUGCUCCUCCUCCAACAAAUACUUAUGCAUAUGCACAUAGGCAACACAUCUGCGGGGAUUCUGGCCCUAUCACUUUGAAGUUCCCUCUUCGAUCUGAAGCUGAUCCAAGUGUCUGCAGUUAUCCCUGCUACAUUUUGUCUUGUCAGGAUAACCGCACUGUUCUCUAUCCUGACCCUCUUUUUCUGAAAAAUUAUUACUACUAUGCAGACCCAAACAGCAUCGACUAUGAAAAUCAAGCGAUUCGGGUCACAGAUCCUGGGUUACCACGCCGCAACAACUGUACUUCCAUUCUUCCACUUCAUACCUAUUCAAGAUAUUACAUGGACUGGAGCGCGGGUCCUCAAACUGAUGAAUUGGUAUUUGUGAGCUGUACAAAUUCGACAGUGAAGCCUCCCCAUUUCUCAAACUCCACGUACUAUCGCCUGGUAGACACCCCGACUUGUAAUGUCAGCGCAGCCUAUAAUUCCUCUACCCGCCAUUUCUCUCGUUAUUAUAAUUACGUCGUGGUCGGUCGUCACAGGGGCCUUAGUGUAGCUGAGAUUGAUGAUUCGUGCACCAUCAUUAAAGCUCUUCCUGCACAGAUUGAUGGGUCUAAUAGUCCCCUCCAAACAUCAUCAGGGACCCCCAACGUUUCAUUCCAAGACAUACACAACCUCUUGGCUUCUGGCUUUCACCUCCAAUGGCUUAACAGUAGCGACAUUUAUGUUCAAAACUAUUUCAGUUUGGGGAGACCAUUUCGGUGCCAUAUUGUAGCAAUACUAAAUACAUUGCAGGGAAUCGUUAAACACAUUCAUGGGGGGUCAUCCAAGAUUGGGCGUCUCGAAGCUAUCGGACUCGCUGGCUUAGUUCAUUCUCAUCCAACCCAAAACCAAAAGCCAUCCAACAAGUCGUUUCCAGCUACAUUUCAUCCCAAACACCCAAGAAAAUUCCGUGUAAAAUGCUCCACUGACUCUGUUUCUGAUGACUCCUUCCCUGAUCCAGCUCCCAGCUCACUGGCUACAAACAGCCCAGAAAAAUUCCCCAUCGAAAAAAGAAGAAAAUCAGACAUAACCCGGGAAAGACAGUCCAGAACUGGCAUUGCAAAACCAGAGCCACCGAAUUUCGAGAUUGGGUGGAAAAGAACAGUUCCAAUUAGUACUGAAAAGCCAGUUGGGUAUGUGAUUAUGGAUUUCUUGGAGAAGUUGGAAGGACUUAUGGGGAGGGAAUUCGGUUCGACGACUCUGUUGGCGAAAGCAGGGGAAAUUGUUUCCGAGAGAGCGAGAGAAGAAGCUGAAGUGUUGAGAGAUGAAGGGAAAGUUGAAGAGAGGAUGGUUACUGAGCUGUCCAGAGUUUUGAAGCUAAUGGAGAUGGAUUUGUCAAUGGUCAGAGCUGCUGUGAAAGAAGAAACGCUGAAUGAGAGACUUGAACAGGCUAAAGCCAGAUGCAGGCAAGCCAUUCUUGUUGCUAAUUCCUUUUGA